UUUUGUAACAUUACCAGCAAGAAAACUAUUUACGAUAUUAAACAUAUCACUAUAGUGACUGAAAAUGACGGUAUUAUUUGGUAUACUUCGUCGUGGCAUUGGCAUUGAUUCCUGCUAAUAUUUUGAGCUUGGCAUGUACGUAUUAUUUUUUAUGUUAUGAUUUCCGUUGAUUCGUACAGACUAAUCAGUGAAAUUAAAAUUAUGUUUUGAGCAGUGAAAUAACAUGUUGUUGUUUUUUUCACUGUUUUGGCAUUUUAAUCUGCUCUCAUUUCGAAUUUAGCACUUGAUUUGUUGACUAUUUCUGAAAUGACGCUUACGCUCGCAUACAUAUGGCGUGUUUUUCUGAAAAAAAUACCUUCCACAAAAUGUAAUUUUAUAUCGUUAUUCGUCAUAUAAUUAAAACAGAUCGUAUUGGUUGGAGUGGAGGAUCAUGUUUUGUUUUUUUUUAUUUCGAUCUAACACUGACACAAGCGUGUAUCCUCCAUAGCGUUGAUAUGUAUGUAUGUAUAAGUGAGAUCGUUUGUUAAUGAACAAAUUGAAUAUUCUGACCGAUUUAAAAUCUAAUAUUGAUAUCAAUGCUGAAAGCAAAUAAAUUUCUUUACACAAUGAAUUUUAACAAAUAUUUUGGUUAAUUGUUGGUUAAGGUGAUGCUUUAAUGGUUGUCAAUCAUUUCGCGGCACAUUAGUUAUAGAAACCGUAUAUCUACAUUCAAUUGUUAAAAUUAAUCUGAUCUGUGUCUAAGCCGAAUAACAAUGUUCUAAAGAUACUUUAAGUUUAAUUUACGCUAGGUUCAUGUCCUCAAAACUGGACGCAUAUUCUUACGACUAGCACGAAUGGUGUGGUCACAUAUGGCUCAAAGUCUGACCUCAUUUCUGCGGCUAUGAGCGGAAGUGACGUCAGAAUACAGUUGGGGGAUAAUGAAUUCAUGAGCGUCCAAAACCUCCAUACCGUCGGGGAUAAUAUCUGCGGACAGGCCUUGUUUCACAUCAGCAAAGCGUCAUGGAAAACGUUCCAAGAAAAGGCAUAUUGGUGGUUCCUAAAUGUCUGCUCGACAGGACGUUUCCAAAUGAUGCGUUAUUACGUCGGCAACCACGUGUUACACAGCACGGACUUCGGAACCUCGCAGAUCAAUUGGUUUGUGAGGGAUAGCGGACCAUUUGUAUACAAACACACGAGCGGCGGAACAGGUUUAAAUGGUCAUUUGAGUGACGUCAUCACUGACGUCAGACACGGCGCUGACGUUCGCGGAGUGCUCGAGAGUUUGGGUUACACUACGAAAAUGGAUAACGUGGAAAUCUCCAAUACCGGUAACCUGGUUGUUGGUCAGGCCGUUUGGCAUGUCAGUCAGAGUUUAGCCCCGCCCAAUAUCGAGUUCAAGGGCAACGACUAUUGGUGGUUCAGUAAUUUCGCCUCAGACGGAGGCCAUUACAUGUCUAGGUGGAGAAUAGGGGAACACACCUCUGUUGGUGCCACCAAUGAAAACAGGCAAAUUACGUGGUACACGGACACGUGUUGGCAGCUGGCUUAUCAGCAUGACUCGGCAGGAAACGAGCUGCAAGGUUCCCUAAAUAUGCUUCGAUCAGCUGUAAAGCGCGGCAAUCGUGUCAAGUUAUUGAUUGGCAACACGUCCGUGGUACCCGAGCAUGUGAGCGUCCGCGGCGGCCACGUCAACGCCAUGAUCAUAAGCAAGGUUUUGAAGGGCAAAAGUAACAUCAAGGAGUUUGAUUCUACAGGAGUCUGGGAUUGGAGCAUGGUGACUACGACAGGAACACAGACAACACUGAAGCUGCGCGUCGGAGAAGCAACGGAGACAGCGGACAGCCGCGUCAUCACUGCGACGGAAGUGACGUGGUUUAUAGACACGAGGCCUUGGCGGAAGGUCUUGGCUCACGACAAAUUCGGCACGGUUACUUCCGGCUCUAAAGUGGCGCUGAGGGACGCAGUGAAACUAGGUGCGAGAGUUAGAUACAUUAUGAGAUUUGAUGAAUCCGAUUCAAUAGAAGUUCAGGAAGCAGAUAACAUUUUCAUUAAUGGUGCAGAUAUUGGCGCCACUCACGUUCGCUCUGUGAGUCUAGAACCAACCCCCGGCUCAACGGCGGAUCGUCGCUUCCAGAAUAAUCCGUACUGGUGGUUCACAAUCGCUGCGACCACGGGUUCCGUUGACAUGUCCCGCUGGACGGUCGGGGAACACACAAACAGAGGGCACAGCAGUCAGACCGCUAACAUAGAGUGGUUUGUCAACUAUUCAGGCUGUUUGGCAUGUCAGUCAGAGUUUAGCCCCGCCCAAUAUCGAGUUCCAGGGCAACGACUAUUGGUGGUUCCAAUAGGUGGAGGCCAUUACAUGUCUAGGUGGAGAAUAGGGGAACACACCUCUGUUGGUGCCACCAGUGAAAACAGGCAAAUCACGUGGUACACGGACACGUGUUGGCAGCUGGCUUAUCAGCAUGACUCGGCGGGAAACGAGCUGCAAGGCUCCCUAAAUAUGCUGCGAUCAGCUGUAAAGCGCGGCAACCGUGUGAAGCUAUUGAUUGACUACACGUCCGUGGAACCCGAACAUGUGAGCGUCCGCGGCGGCCACGUCAACGCCAUGAUCAUAAGCAAGGUUUUGAAGGGCAACAGUAACAUCAAGGAGUUUGAUUCUACAGGAGUCUGGGAUUGGAGCAUGGUGACUACGACAGGAACACAGACAACACUGAAGCUGCGCGUCGGAGAGGCAACAGAGACAGCGGACAGCCGCGCCAUCACUGCGACGGAAGUGACGUGGUUCAUUGACACGAGGCCUUGGCGGAAAGUCUUGGCUCACGACAAAUACGGAACGGUUACUUCCGGUUCUAAAGUGGCGCUAACGGACGCGGUGAAGUAGGCGCGAGAGUUAGAUACAUUAUGAGAUUUGAUGGAUCCGAUUCAAUAGAAGUUCAGGAAGCAGAUAACAUUGUCAUUAAUGGUGCAGAUAUUGGCGCCACUCACGUUCGCUCUGUGAGUCUGGAACCAACCCCCGGCUCCACGGCGGAUCGACGCUUUCAGAAUAAUCCGUACUGGUGGUUCACAAACGCUUCGACCACGGGUUCCGUUGACAUGUCCCGAUGGACGGUCGGGGAACACAAGACAGGGAGCAUAGCAGUGACACCGCUACCAUAGAGUGAACCAUACCCUUGAAGACAAGAAGAUGAUGUGUAAAUCGUCUGAAUUGUUUGACUGUUGCAAUUUACUUACAUUAAACAUUAUUUUAAAAGAAUUGUCUUUCGCUGUGUCGGGUUGGAUUCUAUGCAAGGUUACUGCAGGUGGGGUGGUUCUUGUUACAGGUUUUAAAGUUCUGGAAUUUGUCUGUUUGCCUUUUUUAUGAUAAGAUCUUUUGAUCAGUGUCCAUGUCACUGUGUAGGCAUAUACAGUUCGGGGUAAAGAUUUCUGAUCAAUCUCUUAUGACACUGUGUAUUUGUACACAGCCUCUGUAAAUGGAUCUUAAUCUAAUGCACCAGUCAAUUGUAACCACUCCCCCACCCCAGGUCCGGGGAAUAGACUUUUGGUCCAGCAAACCCCGGGUAAAAUCCUCGCACUGUGGGGACGAACUGAUGGUAAAACCCCGGCCAAAUGCCCCCCGCACCCCAGAGACUCUAUAUAAGUCGAUAUCUCCGCUAAAUUUGGCACUAAGACAAAACCACCGCACUCACACGGCCAUGCGGGGCCACCUGUAAAGUAAAAACACGGCCCUUUUCCCCGGCUAUCCCCAGUAUACCCCCGGACCUGGGGGGCCGUGGUUACAAUUGAUUGGUGCAUAAUUGCCUAAUUGUCUUAUCAGAUCUCCGAUCUGAGUAUCCUGCUGCGCAGUAUGGGAGAUUUUAAGAUAGAAAUGGACCCUUAAUGGCCCUGAGCCGAUAAACCCUACCGGUAAACACAGGAAAUUGGCCCCUACUGUCAAACCAGUGUGAUUAGAAGGAGAUGCACAGCAGGGGAUUAUCAUGACAAAUAUUCCUUAAAUUGGGCCUUAAAAGGGGGAGGGUCACUUUUAAAAGGCUUAAACCUGGCCUUUAAGACACACAAAAGUCUGAUCUUUAGUACUAUUGUUGGUUUUUCGUAUUGGAAGUUAUUCUAUCCAGAUUGGUAUAUUUUUUACGAGAUUGUUUAAUCAAACAGCUGUGUGAACAGUGUUUCCAGGAUUCGUCAUUCAGUCUGACACCAUAUAAACUUAGGUCAACAGUGUAUUUAUAAAUCAACAUGAACAAAACUAGUAGGAACUAUAUGAGAAGCAAUAGAAUUAUAUUGUAACAACAGGUUGUUAAAAUCUCAAAUGAGUAAAACAUUAUAUCAACAUUUAAACUAAAUGAAGAGUCAAAGAAACUAUUUUCAACUGUAGAACCUCAUAAAAUGUGUACAUCUGUCACACUACAUCUUCGUCAAAUCUUGUAUGAUUAUUAUGAUUUUUAUGUGAUUAUCAAUUGACUGUGUUUAUCAAUCAUUUAUAUAGUUUGUUUAAUACUGUAUCAAGCUUAAAGAGUCUGUGGUAGGUCUGUAUUUUAUUUUGUUGUGAAACAUUCUGUCCAAUUGCUAAUGUGACAUACUGCUAAUGUUACUCAUUCUGUCUUGUGGUAACACUAGCACAUACUCGCAAUUAGCAAUUUAUAAUAUAUAUGUUUAAUAUCAAAGGUAAUGAUAAUUGCACCAUACUAGAGACAUUUAUAUCAUCACAACAAAACAUUUAUGUUUAUAGCUUAUCUGAUCUGAUAUAAAAAGAAAACCUAUGUUUGCAGAAAAUAUUUUCUGU